AUGGCUCAACUCACCAUGGUAAUUGAUGAGAGGACCUUUUCAAUCAUGAUAGUAGAGGUGAUCGAUGAAAAAAAGUGGGAGAAUGAGCAGUACAAAAGGAAAGAUAAAAGACGAGGAAGGGACUGGCAACAUAGAGAAAAUAUACGAUCAAAGCUCCCCACUAUUCGAGAAACCCUUGAAAUGUAA